UGCUAUAUUUGUAAUUAAUGAUAGACGUGUCAUGCAUAAUAUUUAUUUCUGUACCAAAUUUCACACGCUUCCAAACUGCAGUGGUCAUUUGUUACUGCCAUUAAGCUGAAAACUGAAGAAAUAUUUACCUGGUUUCUGUGUUGUUCCUGUACAUUAUACAAAGUAUUUAUCUUAACAGAAGUUCAUGUUUUUCAAAGAGCUGUUACCAUACAUCAUGUCAGGACCGUCCAUGCAUCAGGUGGCAUUAGUGCCACUCCCAUCUCACAAGUUUGUAUGUUUGCAAGAUUGCUAUGUUGUUAUUACCAAUUGUAGGAAAAUAAUAAUUACAAGGUUUAGAUGACAUCAAAUGGCAUAACAUUCUCAUCAGAUUCCAUGAUAAUCACUCAACUGGUUCAAAACUUCAGUCAGGAGAUCCACGUAGACAAACGCAUUUAUCAUGGUGAGGUUGUGAGCCUACUCUUAGUCUUGAAGAAUGGAAAGUAGAUUGAACCAAACUUCAAGUAAUUUAAUGUGUUACAGGUCAGGUUAAUAGUGGUGGAUAGUCUGGCAUUCCCGUUUCGUAAUGGGACCCUGGAUUCUCUGCUGAGAACCAGAUUAUUGUGUGAUAUUAUGCAAGAACUGAAGAUGAUGGCAGUGAAGUAUAAUGUUGCAGUAUUAGUGACAAACCAGCUGACUACCAAAGUAGGCCCAGGAAAUGAUAGUCACUUAGUACCAGCUUUAGGUGACAGUUUUGGCCAUUACAGCAAUCAGAGACUUAUGCUGGGUUACCUUCAGCAUGGUUGUUAUGCAGCUGUCCUGUUUAAAAGCGUAAGAAAACCACAGUCAUCUGUAAAGUUCCAGAUACUCAAGAGCGGUAUUCGGGAUUGCAGCACAUCAGUUAAAUGAAAUAUACACUCCAUAAAGUGCCAUUCAUAGGAGGCUGUGGUAAUGUUAACUGCAGACUGAAUUGAUAUGUUUGUUUCAAGAUUCAUAAUACAAUACAAUAAUACAAGCAUAUGUGUUAAUGUGUUUGAAUAUUAGUUGCCUGUUGUAAUGUUAAGAAAUCAUGAGAAGAAAGAAGAAAUUGAUGACUGUUCAUAUAGAACUGAAACUGUGCUAUAGGAAGAGGAAUGGGGAGGAACUUUGAAGAAAGUUCCUCUGGAAAUUUUGUGUGAACUGUUAAAAUUAUUACUCUCAUUUUGAAAUAUCAGUUAUCUAUUUAGCUGAUCAUAAUUAUGAGAGUAUUUUUUGCUGGGUUGUUUUGUUUCACAUACAACUACCCAAUUCACUUCAGCUUGUAUGGUGUAUCAGCAUUACAAAUGGACAAUACACAAAAGGACGGAAAUCCAACAAGAUAACCAGUCUAUCAUAACCGCAAACCGCUUUGAAGUGCUGUCGAAUCUGAAAGAGCCUGAAUUCAAAAAGGUAACUCGUCAACAAACUAGUGGGAAAAUUAGGAGAAAAAAGGAUAAUCUUCAAAAUCCAAGAAACAAGAUUUUAUUUCUUGGUGACAGUCAUGUAAGGGAAAUGGCGGCUAAACUACAACAUAACCUAGAUGUGGAAUACAGUGUUCAAGGACUAGUGAAACCUGGUGCAGAUCUAGCAACAAUUUUAACUUCAGGUGAAUGAUAUUGAGGACUUCUCUAAAAAGGAGUUGGUGAUUGUGUGGGGUGGUACUGAGGAUGUUAGCAGGAAUGAGACUGAUAAGGGACUGAUCCAAAUUAGGAACUGUGUAAACAAGAAUACUCACCCAAAUGUUUUAGUUAUGAACCUAACACAUAGACAUGACUUGGGGCAAAAAUCGUGUGUAAAUGAUGAGGUGAAAAGGUUUAACAGAAAGUUAAAAAAAAAAAUUAUGAAGGUGUUAUAGAGAUAGAAUCCAAAAGGGACUCAUUUACUAAACAUUGGUUACAUAUGAAUUCAAGAGGUAAGGAGCAGAUAGUAAAAGGAAUAGUAAUAGAAAUUUUGGAUAUGUGGAGGGAGAAAAAGUCUGACCCAAUUAUAAUGAAAGGGAAGGAUGAACAAGAGCUAGAAGAGGAAGGGACUCAUAUUCCUCUAAGAAAUGGACCCUUGAAAACAGGUGGGAAAAGAAGUGGUCAACCCAGGAACAUAGAAGGUUUGAUUGUCACUGAAUUAGACAAUACCCAUGAUAAACGUAACAGGAGAAAACCCAGUAAUAGGAGCUCGGAUUUUUUAUGGGAGGGUUAAGGUAUGAACCAAAUAUAAAUAAGUAUCUGGCUUUAACUAACAAGUUCCCUAAAAGUGGAGAUAAAAAUUGUGGCGAAAAUCAUAAUGGACAGGUUGCUAACUCUAAUACUACCAACUUAUAUCAAAGGAAAACUAAUCAAUCUACAUCUCAUUUUCUGACGGUAUGUCAUCAGAAUAUAAGAGGCUUAUUUGAUAAAGCUGAACAACUGUUAAAUUCCUUAUUAUUUGAUCCGCCUGAUAUAAUUUGUUUGACUGAAUACCAUUUAAAAGAAUAUGAAAUAAAUAAAAUUUG